AUGAGCUGGCUGAAGCACGUUCGGUCUUCGAAGCGCAGAAAGUGCCAACAUCUCAAGAACGAGCUGCUCGAUGCGUCGGAGGCGAUAGCGCGUAAGUUUCGUCAUGACACGGACGAGUUGUUAUGCAGCCUGUACUUGAGGGACCAGAGCCUCGCGUACCUCGAACGAGACUUCACGAAGAUAACUGCCUGGGCUGUGCCGUGCCGCGACGCAGCUCCGUGUGUGCUUCGAACGCUGACGAGAAACGCCGUCUGGAUGCCCUUGUGGGGGGCUGCUAGAGAUGGAGAUCCUUUGGAGGAAGAAUCGCGCGAAAGUGAAGCCAACGUCGAUUUAUCGACGCAGACGAGCGCUAGAGUUUACAGGCGGACCUUGCGCAAGUCAAUGACCAAGUCGACGGAUCCCGCAUGGGCUGCUCUGCAGACGAAGAGGCAUUUCCUCGAGGAGACGACCGAAGGAUUGAUCGCGCUCCACCUGUGGAAACUCUAUUACUCUGACCUCAAUUGCCGGCAUGAUCAAGAAUGA